CACAAAGUAUUUUAUCAUUUCUCGAUCUAAUUAAUUCAAGAGUAUCGAUUUAUCUUCUUCUUCCCCAAAAUUGAGAGCGAUUGAAACCCUAGAUGGACCUGCUAAAGCAAGAGAUCCUUAAGAAACGGCAGAGACUUGCCGAAGAGACCGGCGGCAAGCGAGUCUUCAAGCGCUCCGAGAUCGAACAAAAGCAAAUCCAGAAGCUUCGGGAACAAGAGAAGCGCGAAUUAGAAGCCAAAGCCCAGCGCCAAGCCACCGCCUCCAACACCACCACCACAGACGGCUCUUCCGCCGCCAAUUCAAACCCUAAUGCCUCCACGACCACUGCCUCCGCCACAACCUCCUCCAACGCCACCACGUCCAAAUCCCUAACGGACGAGCAAAACAUCGACAAGCUCAACCUCCCCAAACAGGAGGUCGUUCGCCGACUCCGGCUCCUCAAGCAGCCGAUCACUCUCUUCGGCGAAGACGAUGACGCCCGGCUCGACCGGUUCAAGUACGUGUUGAAGGCCGGCCUGUUCGAAGUCGAUAGUGACAUGACGGAGGGGCAGACAAACGACUUUCUCCGCGAUAUCGCGGAGCUGAGGAAACGGCAGAAGUCGGGGAUUGUGAGCGAGAGGAAGAGGCAGAAGACGGAGGUUGACGGCGGCGUGGAGGACGGCGACGGUGGCGUCCGCGAAGAGGAUUUGAGUGCCGAUGGAUGCUCGAGCGGGGUCGAUGCUGAUAAGGAUUUGAAGCGAAUGAAGACGAAUUUCGAGGAGUUGUGUGAUGAAGAUAAGAUCUUGGUGUUCUUCAAGAAGUUGUUGAAUGAAUGGAACCAGGAGCUGCGGGAGAUGCCAGAUGCUGAGAGGAGGACUGCUAAGGGGAAGUCCAUGGUUGCCACUUUUAAGCAAUGCGCGCGCUAUCUGCAUCCUUUGUUCAAGUUUUGUAGGAAGAAGAUCCUUCAAGAUGAUAUUCGCCAAGCGUUGAUGGUGGUGGUGCGGUGCUGCAUGAAGCGAGACUACCUAGCUGCAAUGGACCAGUACAUUAAACUAGCUAUUGGGAAUGCACCAUGGCCAAUUGGUGUCACUAUGGUUGGUAUCCAUGAACGUUCAGCUCGCGAGAAGAUCUACACCAACAGUGUGGCUCACAUUAUGAAUGACGAGACAACUCGCAAAUACUUGCAGUCAGUCAAGAGAUUGAUGACCUUUUGCCAACGACGCUACCCAGCCAUGCCUUCAAAAGCUGUUGAGUUCAACAGCUUGGCUAAUGGUAGUGACUUGCAGUCCCUACUAGCGUCGGAGAGGGCCUCUAGCGGAGGAAAUCAGGCCUCGGAGGAAAAGCUUCUGAUAAUGCCUGCUCCAUAGGAGAGCUAGUCAUGUAUACGAUGAUAUUUUGUUGAAUGAUCUCAUGUUCGAAUUUAGAAAGCUUGCUUGUGUCAUUUUAUUUGUGUUAUCCUUCUUUGUUUUCUUGGAAGAAAGAAGCUAACGUGAGGAGCCCAAGCAAUAAGAUUUAUUAGAUUGACAUUAUUUGGGAUGAUAUGAGAGAUACAAAAAGAGAGAAAUUUGGCACAA